AUGGAACUGUGGUGGCAGGAUCAAAGCAAUAAGGAAUGGCGUAUGUCGGUUGCUGCAGUCCUUAUGUGGUAUAUCUGGAAGUGUCGAAAUGGGGCUGUGUUUGAACAUAAGCUAGCUCUUCUUGGGGUGGUGUGCAAGUGGGCAAUGGAAUAUUUGCAAGAGUUAUUGUCUGCAAACUCUUUGAACCCUCUAAAUAUUGUGCCAUCCGGGGAGGGUGCUGCAAAUUCGUGGAUUAGGCCUCCAGAUGGGAUCUUUAAGAUUAACGUGGACGGUUCAUGGAAGAAAGACAUGGGGAAAGGAGGCUAUGGUAUUGUGGUUAGAGAUUAUAGAGGUCUUUUUGUUGCUGCUUCUAUGGGUUUUUCACAGUGGUGUGCAAGUUCAUUAGUUGCUGAAGCUUUGGCAAUUCGACAAGGUGUUCAUCUUGACUUCCAACUUGGUUUGGGGUCUUUUUUCGUGGAAAAUGAUGCUCAAUUGCUGGUGAAGAUGCUCAAUGGCCAGGUUACAACCAAUCAAGAGGUGGAAAUGAUCAUUCAUGAUAUUCAAGCCUUAAGCAAAAAUUUCCAGUGCUGCGGCUUUUCUUUUGUUCAUAGGACUGGUAAUUCGGUUGCUCAUGUGAUGGCAAGUAAGGGUUUGAGUGGUUCGGGGUAUAGUCUUUGGACUGAAUCCCCACCGUUGUGGUUACUUGGUCCCCUUUCGAGGGACGGGUCUCCCGUCUGA